AUGAUGAUGUAUCAUCUUCCACUCCGCAUUCGCAUCGUCAAACUUAAUUCCCCUUGGCAAAGUUUGUUCUGGACAUUCCGAUUGCUACGCUGGAAACACAAGUUCCCUUCUUCUUACAAAGAGAUGCAAUGGACAGGAAAUCCUUCCACGGAGCUGUAUAUGCAAACCGUGCAUACUUGGCAGUUUCUAGCACCGUUCUUUGCCUCCAAAGGUUACAGAUUACACACCAAAUCAAAAAAGUUUGAAGAUCUCAUUCCUGAGCCAUUACCUCCUCAUCCGAAGAGGAGCGUUCACCCCUUUGGAAGAUUCAUUCCCAGUAACGAUAUCAACUUCGCCUGGUAUACGCCCUUACUUUGGGCAGCACGCGACUCCAAGGGCAGAGAUGUUGUCAUUAAGUAA